AUGCCUCUGCCCGACUCGCCUCCGCCACUCCCUCCCCCCGUCCCCGUCGAGACCCAUCCGUACCGCACCGUGGGCAUCAAGUCCUCCGCCGACCCCCCGGAUCCCACCCGCCUGGCCCCUGAAGACGCAUACUACUCGGCGCUGCCCCGAGCGCGCCCGACCUCCGCCAGCUAUGACGAUUCCCUGCGCGUGCUGAGCAGCAACUCCGUCGCCGCCCUGCGACCGCCGCCCGCCGUUCCAGGCGUGGGUCGCAAGCUGCGAGGGUCCAGUCGACGGCGACGACGAAAGGGCGCCUGGAAGAAGCUCCUCUGGGUGAAACAAUCCUAUCCCGAUAACUACACCGACACCGAGACCUUCCUCGACCACCUCCAGCGGAAUCCCCGCGUGCGUCCCUACGAUUUCUGGCCGCUGGUCUCCGACUCCACCGUCAUCGUGCAACAUGUCAGCUCGGUCGCCAUAUUUGUCUGCUGCUUCGUCGGUAUCGUGCAGGGCCGCGUGAGUCCCGUAUCCGUGGUCUGCUGGGGCAGCGUGGGCACCGCGCUGGGUUGGAUCUUCUGGGACUCGUGGAUACUGGGGGAACAUGCGGAGAACGCGCACGUCGCGGAGCGGGCAUUGGAGGGGGACGACGGGUCCAGCUCCAGCUCGAUGACCAGCUCGGUGGACCCGAGUCUGCGCGCCAGUCAGAAGGAAAACCAGAUGCACGGUCUGGGCUUGACCAUGGCGCAGGGUGAGACGAGCGAGCGCGAGCCCGCUCGACGAAACAGCACCGGGUAUGUGGGCGACACGGACAAUGCGCAGGAGCCUGCGUCGCCUGUGCCUGGGCCGACCGGGGCCGUGAGUGGCGUUUCGCCCAACGCGGACCUGUCGUCGAUGUUCUCGUCGCGGAACCGCCAGCGGCUGUCGACGGUCAAGUCGGCGUUUCUGAUCUACUUUGCGCUGCUGGGGCUCAGCCCAAUCCUCAAGUCGCUUACGAAGUCGACGGCCAGUGACUCGAUCUGGGCGCUGAGCUGCUGGCUGCUCAUCAUGAACAUCUUCUCGUUCGACUACGGCAGCGGCGAGGGCGCCGGCGCCACCAAGUUUCCGGCGUCGCUGUCGACCAACGCGGCGGUCAUGGCGUCGACGGUGCUCGCAUCUCGCCUGCCGUCCACCACCCACGUCUUCAGUCUCAUGCUCUUCUCCAUGGAGGUGUUCGGCCUGUUCCCCAUUUUCCGGCGCCAGCUGCGGCAUGUCUCGUGGACGGGGCAUGUGCUGUUGACGCUGGCGCUGGUGAUCGUGGCCGGCGGCGCGGUGGGCAUCACGCUGCGCGGCGGAUGGGCGGCGGCGGUGGUUGGGUCGAUCCUGGGCAGCAUCCUGACGGCGCUGGGCAUGGGGGGAUGUAGCUGGUGGCUGAUCAGUCUUCAGAAGUAUAAGAAUGUGGUGACGGGGCCGUGGGAUCCCGCGCGUCCUAUUAUACGACGACGGUGGGAUUAG